AUGCCGCAAGGUGAUUUGCUGGCUGAAGGCGUGGCACCCAUGGCGUCGAGACUCACCCAAUCAACACCAUUUGCGCGACAUGCUUCGGCCACUGCCUUCCAGGAUUGCAUGCAGCAAGAAAGGCCAUGCCCGGAGGUGAGUUUCACCCGGGCAGCCUGGAUCAACGCGCGGAAGGGGCCCAAGAGCCAAGAGGCCCUGCGGAAACACAUUGAGUGCUGCCACGCCAUCAAGCGUUCACAGAAGGCGUGGGCCAGGACUGCGGACCUCCUGGAUGGCAACUGGUACUUCAAGUAUUGUGCCUUCGCACCGCCGCCCUUCGAAGCCUUGGCAGAAUGGCUACUGCGACGGUUUCGAGACAAGGAUCCACCAGCACAAGCGCAACCCCCAAAUGAUGCCCAGAGCUUCUUGUUGGUUUCACAGAAAAGGGCACCCUACCCCUGCACCCAACUUGUCAACAUAGCGCGACGGCCCCUGGAGCGUUCUGCACCAAUGGACCCCCAUCUGGCAGCCUGCGCGGCGCCGGUGGAAAAGGUCAUUUUUGUGGACGUGGAUGGGGUGCUGAACGUUGGUAUCAAAGAUGAUGACGGGUCCUUGCUCCUGAACGAGCAGGACUUGAAGAAGGUGAAGAAACUUCGGGCAGGUCUUGCGAGAUUCCCAAAGCACGUCCAGCACGCCAUCAAAAGGCCAGCAUCGGAGCUAAGGGACAUCGGAACCUCCGAAGCUGUUCUUUCGGAACUUCUGGGGCACUGCAAGAUCCUUUUUGCUGCGGAACGCCACCCGACUGCGGCCUGCAAGGGCCAUGCACAACUGGUAGGACCUUUCCUGGAGCGACUGGCAAAGCUGAUCCAGAUGGCGAAAGGGAGCCAUGUGGUUCUAGCCUCCAAGUGGCAAGAGCUGACACCCCUGAUUGAGCGGGAGACGCCCGAGAUUGGGGACCCACAAUCCUCCACUGUGGCUAAGGGCGCGCUGGCGCAAGAGCUGGGGGUGGACUUCCUCUUCCAUGGCUCCACGGGAAGGGAAGAGGUGAAGACGCCAGCGAGUCGACUACAGUCCAUGGCCAGGUACCUGGAAGAGUUCUGCCGGAGGAGAGACGGCAACGGACCGUUGAAAGUCCUGAUCUUGGAGGACUUCCACGUUGUGCCUUUGGAUGGCUGGCUCUGCGAUGGCCAAGCCAUCGACAGCUGCGCGGCGGUGGAGCAGUAUUUGCGUAGCAAAGUGCCAAUGCAGGAUGUGAGGGUGAAGCUGAUUCACACAUAUGAGAGUUGGACAGAGGAAGGCGUGGAAAUUCAACUUGGCUGCGGCAUUUCAGAGGAGCACUUCAGAGAAGCCUCGAAGUUUCUGGCCCCUUGUGAGCCGGCCGAGACGUCAAGGAAGCGGAAGCACGAUGAGGUUUGAUCAACCUCACGCCCCAGUUGCUGCGUGUCCGUGGAGACCGGGAAACCAAUGAGAACCAACGAAGGCCCAGCUGGCUGCGGUCUGUGGAGUUGGUCACCCGAUAGAGCUCAUUUGAAGUCAACUUCCACAGAAGGUGCUGGUGCCACAAUGGGCUCAGCCAGAUAUACGUCAACUGGGAUUGGAGAUUUGCCUACGCAAGUUGGUUGAGAUUACAACUCCCACCCGUGGCAGUUUUUCCAUUGCGAUAAGA